AUGAGCGUCAAACCCGCAGAGCUGUACUGGAGUCCAGGCGAUUCGCGCCCCCACGACGACGAGGAAGCCUUCGCCGACGUGUUCCGUAAGAAGGUCAACGAGCGGUUCGGGUACGAUCUCAAGGACUGGUGGGAGCUGCAUGACUGGUCCACAGCCAAGACGAGCGAGUUUCUGGAUUUCGUCUGGGAGUACCUCAACAUUGUCGGUGAGCGCGGCGAUGGCCCGGCCUUUGUAGAGGGCAUCCCCAUGGACGAACCGCAGGAGUACUUUCCCAAUGCCAGGAUCAAUGUCGCCGAGAACCUCCUCCUCUCGCACGCGUCCGCCAUGUCCAAGACCAACCUGGCCAUGAUCGCGACUGUUGAGCCGGAUCCAAAGUCUGCCACGCCGCUGGAGCCAGUGGAGACUGGCCGGAUCACGUACUUUGAGCUGUAUCACGAGGUACGCCGGGCAGCCCACGCACUCAAGAAAAUGGGCGUCAAGCCCGGCGACUCGGUGGUCUCGUUCUCGGCGACCAGCUGCGAGAUGCUCAUUGUGUUCAUGGCUACUGUCGCAGUGGGCGCAAUCUUCUCAUCCACGCCCGCAGAGUUUGGCGUCAAGGCCGUGGUGGACCGGUACUCGAUCAUCAAGCCCCGGAUCCUCUUUGCCAUCGACUCGUACCGCUAUGGCGGCAAGGAGCACGACAUUGGCGCGCGCCUGCACGAAGUCGUUGCGCAGCUCCCCAGUGUCGAGGAGGUCAUCGUCCUCGGCCACUUGGCGACGGACCGCAAGCCGUCUCCACACGCGCUGGAGGGGUUCCGCAAGGGUGUCAAGGCUACGACGUUCCAGCAGUUCAUGGCGGCGGGCGACGACGCUCCUCCCCAGAUUGAGUUUUGGCGCGGCCCGUUCAGCCAUCCCAUCUGGAUCGUCUUCUCGUCUGGCACGACUGGCAAGCCAAAGUCGAUUUAUGGGCCUGGAGGCGGCAUUAUGCUGAUGCGUAAAAUGGUCAUGACUGUCCACUGCAACGUCGACCACCGGGACACAUACCUCCAGUUUGCGACCAUGGGCUGGAUCGUGUGGAACUUGCACAUGAUCUACACCGCCACGGGCGGAACGGUGGUCGCGUACGAUGGCUCGCCCUUCCACCCGACCGAGGUCAUGUGGCGGGUGAUUGAAAAGUACCGCGUGUCGCUGCUGGGUGCUUCGCCACGGUACAUCCAGACAUUGGCCAAGAACAAGUUCAAGCCCACAAAGGACCACGACUUGAGCUGCCUCAAGCAGCUGUACACUACCGGUGCGCCGGUGACGCACGACGUGUAUGAUUUCUGCAGGGACGAGCUCAACGGCCUGUUUGUCAACAAUGCCGCUGGCGGAACCGAGCUGGGCGGCUCGGCGCUGCAGUCCACCCACGUGCUGCCAAACUACAAGUCCGAGCUGCAGACCCCCGUGCUGGGCAUCAAGCUCAUUGCGGCCGGACCCAAUGGCGAGGAGCUCGUGGGCCAGGAAGGUCUGCAAGUGUUUGCCCGCCCCUUCCCCAACAUGCCCAUGUACUUUGUCGACGACCCGGGACGCAAGCGAUACAAGGAGACGUACUUUGGCGACUACUCCUCGCCGCCCAUGUUCAACAUGAACGACAGUGUCAUCAUCAACCCGGUCACAAAGGGAUGGAACGUCAUGGGCCGUGCGGACGGCGUGCUCAACCCCAGCGGCGUGCGCUUUGGCUCGAGCGAACUGUACUAUAUCCUCGAAAAGGACUUUGCCGCCGAUGUAGAGGACAGCAUCGCCGUGGGGCAGCGCAAGGACAACGACGAGCGCGUGGCCCUCUUCAUCAAGACCAGGGGCGACGUCGCGCUCUCGGCCGACCUGGUGGCGCGCAUCAAGGCCGCCAUUGCCCUCGGCCUGUCGCGCAGACAUGUGCCCGAGAUCAUUGCGCAGUGCCCGGAUGUGCCGCUCACUGCCAGUGGCAAGAAGGUCGAGCCGAGCGUCAAGAAGCUUGUCAACGGAGUGCCGCUCGCCCAGAUCAAUACCACGGGUGUGGUCAACCCGGAAUCAUACAGGUGGUAUGCCGAGUGGGCGAAGCAGAAUGCGCCAGGAAGGGCCAGGCUGUAA